AUGGGAGACCCCCAAUACCUCCGUUUCCCGACGUUGUCCCUCGCCCAGAACGUAUUCGCCAUCGCAUCGCCGUCGACGUCUCCCUCUGCCAAGAAUGUCGCUCUACAGGCAAUCCAAGAUGACAUCCGUACGCACCAGAUGGCGCCGCUGUACGCCUACCUUGCUCACCCACAAUCUGGUCGUCUGAAUAAGGCAGGUGAGGGCAGUGGCGCCAUGUCACCCACUCUUGGCCGCGCUUCAGCAGCCAGCCACAGCCAGGGCAGCGCUCCGUCACCUGGCCACACUCUACGACGUACGAGCAGUAUCAAUGCGCCUUCAAUCGUAGGUGUUCUCGGCGGCAAGACUGACUCCAGCGUGGAGCUUCCGUGGGACGAGUCGCUGUAUACCAAGCUACAGAAAGAGAACGAGGCUGAGCUAGCCGCUAUUCAAAAAGAAGAAGACGAUGCCCUUGAGAACUCGGGCGAGACUGAGGUGCAGACCGCUCGUGGCAAACGCGCCGAGUUCUAUGCACGUGUGGGCGACAAGGACCGUGCGCUGGAGGAGUUUGAGAAGCUGCUAGAGAAGACUGGCAUUUUGGGCACCAAGAUUGACAUUGUGCUCGCCAUCAUCCGCCUUGGCCUGUUCUUUGACGACAAGCUGCUAGUCAAGAAGAACGUCGCCCGAGCAAGCCAGCUUGUCGAGAGUGGAGGCGAUUGGGACCGUCGCAAUCGCCUCAAGGCAUAUCAGGGUCUACACCUUCUGACCAUCCGCGCAUACAACCUGGCUGCUCCUCUUCUCCUCGACUCGCUCUCUACAUUCACAUCUACCGAGCUUUGCCCAUACAGUUCAUUGGUCGUUUACGCAACUCUAGCCGGUUCCGUCAGCCUGCCUCGCCGCGAUUACAAGACCAAGGUAGUUGACGCUCCCGAGGUUCGAGCUGUCUUUGGUAGCGAGUCUGAUGCCGAUCGCCUCGCCGCGAUUGGCGGCGCUGCAUCAGCUGGACCGGGAGCUGGAGACGAGGAGAAGAUGGCCGUCGACGAGCAAUCUGCCACGCCCAAGCCAGCUGCUGUCAAUUUGACCACUCUUGCGAUGGGGUCCGCAUCGGCCGAGGCACAGGCAAAGGCGGAGCCCAAGAUUGACUUUCAAUCCCUCGCGAAGAUGAUCCAGUCUCUCUACUCUGGAGACUACAGCACAUUCUUCUCCAGCUUGGCCGCGGUCGAGAGCAACUUCCUUUCCACAGAUCGGUACCUUUACGAGCACCGAAGCUGGUUUGUGCGCGAAAUGCGACUUCGGGCGUAUGCUCAAUUGCUGCAGUCGUACAAGGUGGUGGGUCUGGAGAGCAUGGCAAAGAGCUUCGGUGUGAGCGUGGAUUGGCUGGACAGGGAUCUCGCACCGUUCAUUGCAAGUCAGAGAUUACCCUGCACAAUUGACCGGGUCAAGGGCGUGAUCACAACCCAGAGAGCGGACGACAAGAACAAGCAAUACAACGAUGUGGUCAAGCAGGGCGACCAGCUUAUCACGAAGCUACAGAAGUAUGGCCAGGUCGUUCGUCUCCGGGGAAGUGAGCGUAGUUGA